UGCUCCUUAUGUCGGCAUCGCCCGACCGUCACAUCGGCACUAUAAACAGAUCAGACCUUGGUUCAGCCGUCACGACGUGCAUGGGAGCCCGAGGCGGCUCUCCUUGAUUCCAUCGAGUGCUCAUAUCCGAUAGGCUGCUCUGAAAGAUAAUCAGGCUCCUUGUCUUCUCCGUCAUGCCAAAUCCUGUCGUCGUCAUCACAGGCGCAUCCAGGGGUAUCGGUCUUGCAGUCACUCGUUCCUUACUCAAGGAGCACAACGCUCAUGUCGUUACUAUAUCACGGACUCGAACACCAGAGCUCAGCCAACUGAUUCAGGAACACGAGCAAUCAUUGCUGACUCUCGAGUGCGACAUCACAGACGAACCCGCGCUCAAAAGUGCCAUAACCCGCGGCAAAGACCACUUUGGACAGAUAGACGGCCUAAUCCUCAACGCUGCUACUCUAGAUCCCAUAGGGCGCAUCGACAAUGCCGAUAUCACCCUAGAUAUCUGGAAAAGCUAUUUCGACAUCAAUUUUUUCUCGCUCGUUACUGCUAUUAGGGCCUCUUUGCCUGGCUUGCGAGAAUCGAAGGGCAGGAUCAUUUUUAUAAGUUCAGGAGCGGCUACUGGAAACAUAUAUGGUUGGGGCACGUAUAAUGCGAGUAAAGCUGCUAUGAAUAGCCUGAGCAGAACGCUUGCGAACGAAGAACCUUCGAUCGUGUCAUUGGCACUUGCGCCUGGAAGAGUCAACACUCCGAUGCAGGCUGUACUACGGGAUGCGGGAGCGCAGCACAUGAAGGCGACCGAUUAUAAGAGUUUUGUCGAUGCCUACAAUGAAGGAACCCUAGUCAAUCCACACGACGUUGGAUAUGUCAUCGCUGCGCUCUCAUUACGCGCUCCUCUUUCGCUUACCGGGCAGUUUGUGAGGUGGGAUAACGAAGAGUGUAGAGAAUUCCGGAGGAAAUGACCUGGUAAUAUAUUAGGUCGUGUCUAUGUGCGCCGUUCAUGUACUCACAUGAUGUAUGUGAUACCCACCAAAGCAAGUGUGCAUAAACGGAUAUUAUAUAGUCUGCCGUCUCAUCGCAUCUGCUCAGAGCUACUUACUUACAAUAGUGCACCCAUAGUUCGGUUCUGAGCCUAGGGUCUCGUACUUGGUUUGACAGCGGUCCAAACUCGGCUGAUGCACACCCCGCGUCUUGUGCAAAUAUGGGAUGGUCACACCAAAGGGUUCCUUUGUACAAGUGACGAUAUAUUGAGGUCCAUCUGCGCGUGGCUAGAAAUGGACGCCGAGUGGACCAUCGCACUUGCAGGAAGCGAUACUGAGACUGUUUUACAGAACUUAUUAUAUCAUAGUGUCUGUAUC